CCUUCAAUUGGAUCCUCUUGUUUUGCUUUCAUUCCGAAUAAGAGAAACCUGAUUCCUGGUUUGCUUAUCUGUAGGAUCCCCUGGGGAAGCUGCUGUUUUUUACAGGCAAUUCAAUAGCAAUUUCUUUGGUUCAUCGGCUGCUGUGAUUCUAAUUGGUGUUAGAAGGAUUCAGCGAGGAUUAAGCUCCUCAAUCAUGGAGGGUCUUUGUGAAACACCAGAAAAUGGUAAAGUAGCAGGUGGCGACCUUCAGCUUAUCCGGUACUCGCCGCUCCAACCCUGUGGCGGAUUAUCAUCACUUUGGUUUGAUUUGAGAGUGUUCUAUGUUAGAGUCAGCAAAUUUCAAGUUGAUGAUUCGACUCCGGAGUUUCUAACCCUCAGUCAUAUCCCCUUAAAGCCUGACACCCUUUUGGAAGUUAAUGGCAUUAGAAACAGUAUAUACUCUGAAGAGGUAUCUAUACUCCUUAGAAGGGACCGGGUAGAUAAAAGAUCAGAAGAAGUCACCUUUGUGAGUACAGAUAAUGUUAAGUUGACAGGAAGUGUGAAAUUCGAGGUGUUCGAUAAAAAGGACCUCGUUCUCUCUGGUGUUCUGGAAAUGUCUGGUAAUAGUGGCUUCAUUGGGGAACCGAAAAAUAAUGUGAAACAAUGGAGUAUGAAUUGUGAAUCAGGGAUCACAUCUGGCACUGGUUUCCUGAAGGGAAAGCUCAAUUCUUGUCCCCAAUUAUCGUCACCUACCAUUGAGGUUUAUGUUGCUGGUUGCUUCUCUGGAAAACCAAUCAUCUUAACUAAAACAUUGCAACUUAAUUACAGGAAGAAGCAUAAUCACAAGGGAACAUUAGAUGUAAUCCCUGAAUAUGAGAGCACUGAAUGCCAGAAAGAUAUGUCACCUGGAUAUAUGCAGUUAUCAGAAUACAGAAACUACAAACAAGUGAACGAUGAAGACUACAACAAUAUCUUCUGGAGGAGAACAGAGUACAUGGAUAACGAAGAUGGUGAGCUCUCGUGGUUCAACGCAGGUGUAAGGGUUGGCGUAGGGAUUAGUCUUGGCGUUUGUCUUGGGGUUGGUAUAGGAGUUGGCUUGUUGGUUCGCACUUACCAAGCAACCACUCGAAGCUUCAAAAGGCGGCUUAUCUAAAUCCUUGCAUCUAAAUUUCGUAUCACGGUCCACUCGAUUGUGGAUUGAGAUCCAAAGUCAUAUACUGCCGU